UCCAUUUGCAAAAUCUUGGAUCCGCCCCUGAAAGCUAGUAGCUCUAUUUUCAAUUGAAAUUACUUCAACAUGGUAGAUCUAUAGAUUUAAUUGUAGAUUUAAUUCUAAUGGAGUCUAUUUAUACAGGAGUGUAAUUGAAUGUGUAAUUGUAAUUGAGGUUUGUAAUUAUUGAUCCUUUGCAGGUCUGAAUGGUAUACAGGAUCUCCUACAAACAGAAACGUUAAACACACACAGCUCACUCACGUGAUCAUGAUGUAGCCCACUAAGCUAGCCCAGCCCAGGCGUGGUCUCACUGGUCUGACAAGACUACAACAACCAGUCAACCACUUCUUUAAUGGAGGAUCCGGAGGAAUAUCAAUCACCAGUUGAAGAAUCUCGACCUGAUGGCCCUGGAACUGUUCCUGCUCAAUACCAAUAUGUCGCCGGUCCCGAUUCUUUAUUACCUGAGGGUAGAAGUACUAGCACUAGCUCCGUUCUUCCUGAGCUUGAAGCUGAUAGUAUUAUUGAUGCUGUAACUUUAAGACGUAUAAUGAAAAACAGGAAUGUUAAAAUAAUUCCACUUCUUAUCUGCUCUGCUGGUUUGCCAGAGAGUGCCAAAAAGGAAGCACUUCAAGAGAUAUUCAAGACUCCAAUCACUGCAGGGUUCUCAUCUCAUCAUAUCUUGGCUACUAAUAGGUCUAACUAUGAAAUCGCUUGCGUGUACUCAACCUCAAUGCUGUACAACUUUGGUGUCCAAUCUUGCCAAUUAAUCAGAAGUUCCGAAGGAAUUUCAUACAAAAUUUCUACUGACCAGCCUUCGAUUUACAAAGACACAUUACUUAACAAGCACAUGAAAGAACUAUUAGCUCACUUGCACAAAUAUUGCAUCCAAUUUUGUGACAAACAAGAGUUAGAAUUUGUUUUUACUGUAACAAGAGGUGCAGCUCUAAUAAAUAUUUGGAACAUAACACUCAACACUAAUGUAUUUUACUUUUUGAGAGCAUUUAGUGGCCACCUGACUAAUAGUCGUAUGUGGCUUUUUGCAGAUUUGACCAUAGAAGAAGUAAAUGAAGAAGAAGGAAAGCUUCAGAUAUGGCAGAAACCGUUGGAUUAUCUCCUUCGCUGCAUGCGACUUUGUAAAGGAGUUACUACUCAUAAGCGACCAUGCACUGUAUUCGCUUCACACAGCGGAGAGGAUAGUGAUAAAGAAAUCGAAACCAAAAUGAAGACUUUCGAAGAAGAAUUGCAACGAGUGGCCAGACAGUUAAAUGUCACAGAAUUCGUAGAUCAAACCUUACCUUUCAACAAAAAAACUCAAGGUAAUUAUUUUCUUCUGUUUCUAAAGAAUUUAGUGGGUAGUGUUUAUGGAAAAACACGUAUUCCGAUUUCAGGGUUAUUUUUACGUGGUGCUCUAGAACAUAAGGAGAGCAUGUUUAUGAGGAAGGCAGGGUUACGUCAGCUUGCUGAGGAAUGCGAUAUGAAUGAUGAGGAUUUCAAAGAGUUUUGUGAACUAUUUACAUCAUUUGGCAGCAUCUUUGACCUUAGUCUUGUUAAUGAUACCAGUGAUAUUAUUAUUGUCAAACCUAAUGAAUUUUUAUCUAAUCUCAAUAAAGCAUUUGACAACCCUCCAGAUUCUAAGAUGUACAACGAAAGUGGCAUCAUCACCAAAACAGCAGCUAGAGAAAUGUUUGGGGCCAGUCAGGGAGAGACAUUCAUGUCAGUUCUAGCAUUAGUUGGCAUGGUAGCAGUGGUGCCAGGUGGAAAAUAUGCUGAAGAUGAAACUCAUGAAGUUUGUUACUAUAUGCCUUGUGCUCGAAAACGUAAGCAAGAGCGCUUCAUGGACAAGGAGGCAGUCAGACUACUAUUGAAUAAUAGAAGUCCUAUAAACUUUGUCAAUUUUGAAGUUGCUUUUACUAAUUGUAUGUUGAAACACAGUUUUGCACAACUUCAGUUGUCAACUGCUGAAAAUCGUACCAUUAUAAAGUGCACAGAUAACAGCAGCAUAAUAACAAUGACCUAUAGAGGUGAUGAGAUUGAAGUUAAAGUUAUGCCUCCUUCAAAAAAGCACACCUUGUGUGUUGUUCAGGCAUUCAAAGAAAUAGCAGAAAUUAUCGACAAAAAGAAGGGCCGUGGACGUUUCAGUUAUGCUUUUGCUAUUAUGUGCUCAAAAAAUGAAAAAGAGUAUCACCGACUUCCACAUGACGUCAAGUUGUGUGAUGAAUGUAAGUCAAAAGCAGAGUAUAGUGACUGGAUAGAAGCGUUGACUGAGGAACCAAUACCUGAAAAGUUUAAGUUUGUGACUGAUAUUGAAUUUGAUGAUGUCAUUUUUGUUACAAAAGAAUUAGUAGCAUGUUGUGACCAAGAAAUGCUGACUGAUUUAUUCAAGACAUGCUUUGAUGCUGAUUACAAGGAGUCACUACCACCUUGGUUGAAUGUCCUCAAUCAACUAACUAAGUGGAUAACACAAGAUUUAUCAAAUGUGCCAAACAGUUCAGCAACAAAGGCUGAGCUUGCAGCAAAGCUGGAUAAAUGGAGCAACUCAAAACCUGAUGAGAUCAAGGCAUUAGUGAAAACGUUGCAUAAAUUCAUACAGUAGCUCCAAUUAUUUUUAAUGUGACCUUGCUAUUGCUGAUUUUUUUUACUAUUAUCAGUAAAAUAUAAUUGUAUUAACUCAAAA